CGUGAUUUGCGAGAAAUGGUACAAAUGAUGGUUUGUUACAGAGAUGAAACUACAGAUGACAUUGGUUCUGAAGAGAUUCCACAGUACUUCACAUAUCAUCUCAUCUACGACUAAUAGAUCAAGCAGGCAGUCAGCCUAGAACUACUUUGUCCAAAGAUGAAGCUUUGGGUUGUUCUGCUGCUCAUGUCAAUCAUGGCAGCAUCAGGAGCUGAACCAAUCCCCAAAGAAGCCAGCCACCAGUCACAUGAAGCCGAGGUCCAGCCCGACAUCGAUGAAUACCAAGGAUAUGGCCGCGAUACGACUGCAAACGACGACUCAGACAGCCCUCCUGAUCCGAAUCCAAUAUCCGGUGGUACAAUGGAUGACACCCCUAAAGCCAAGCCCUCAAAGAACAAGCAGAACACAUUUGACAACAUUGUCAAAUUACCCACCGUGAAAGCUAAACACCACCCUGACGAGCACGAUAUGUCCGCGAUGAGCCACGAUGCACCAGUCGAGAACAAGGAAAAUGAGAUCGCAAGAGUAUCCCCCGAGACAAAAGACGAGAAGAAGUUAUCCGUGAGGGCUUGGGGCAGGAAACGAGAGUACCAGAGCUGGAGCGCUUGGGAAAUCUACAGAGUGCCUUAUGAGUAUGAUUUUCCCGACUAUCACCAGUUCAAAUAUGGGGGUUGCCAAGUUGGCUGUGGUCCUGUGGCCUGGGCACAAGUAUUCGGGUACUAUGACCGGGUUUCCGGAUGGAGCUCAAGUCUGUAUCCUCAUGGAAGAGCGCCAAAGUAUCUGUAUUCAAACGACAAUAACUUAAAGAAGUACAUCGUCUCGAUCAACAAGAGAAUGCGGACGUUUUGUCUUGGCAGCAGCGGUGCGACGUUUCCUUCUGGAAUGAAACUGGUGCGAGACUUCUUCCGGGCAAGACAAGGGAGUGGUGGAAUUUGGAGCUACACCCACUGGCUUUCUUGGGCAGGGGUGACAAAAACCUGGAUCCGAAAAAAAGUCUCAAGAGCAAUCAAAACGUACAAGUACCCGGUGGUCGUUGGUAUCUGGACCGGAGGAUCCAUGCAUUACGCAGUCGCCACCAAAUACGCAGUCCGUUCCAGAAAAUUUCGCACGUGCCACAAGAUCUGGGGACGAUGGAAGUGCUAUCCCUGGCGAACACAGUGGGAAGAUGACUUCUAUCUUCACAUGGGAUGGGGCGGAACUAGUAAUGGGUGGUAUACCAUCCACGCUUUUGCCGCGUUUGUGGCGCACAAGUGAUCUACUGCCCCUAACAGCACAAGGACACUGACUUUAACUAGAUACGAUAAAAAUAAUCAAAGUAUUCAAAGUACCUUUGCGUUCAUAAUUGAUAAUAUAUAACUUAGGUUAAAUACAAAUGUCAGAUUUGUCCAAUAAUCAAAUAAAAAUCAUGGUGAAACCAUAA